AUGUCCUCCUCCAUCUUCCUCCUGCUCCUGGUGGGUCUGGUGGUGUCUGUCAUGGCGGACUACACCGGGAAGCUGCUGCUCGUCUCCAUGGACGGCUUCCGGUACGACUACCUGGGCAUGGUGGACACCCCCAACUUUGACGACUUCGCCAGGCACGGCGUGAAACUGCCGUACAUGAACAACAGCUUUGUGACGAAGACGUUUCCAAACCAUUACACCAUGAUAACUGGACUUUGGGAAGAAAGCCAUGGCAUCACGGACAACUACAUGUACGACCCAGUGUUCAAAAGCUCCUUUACCAUGAACACACGUUCGUCUCGCUGGUGGGAUGGGGGAGAACCAUUGUGGGUUACAGCCAAGAAUCAGGGUCUGAAGACAGGCACCUACUACUGGCCCGGCAGUGAGGUUGAGAUAAGAGGUGUGCGCCCCGACUAUUGGUUCCACUACAAAUACAGCACACCAUACAAGCGGCGAGUGGACACCGUCGUGGACUGGUUCAAGACCAAAGAUGUCAAAAUAGCGACCUUGUAUUUCGCGGACCCUGAUAUUACUGGACACAGGUUUGGUUCGGAUUCGCAAGAGGUCAAAGAUAAGAUCAAAGAAAUGGAUGGCAUCCUUGGUUACCUCGUUCAAAAGUUGAAGGACAAUGGUCUUGAUCACGAGAUCAAUGUCAUCGUAACUAGUGACCAUGGCAUGGUUGCAAUUGAUAAUGUCAAUAAAGUGGUGGACAUAUCUGAUCACGUGGACAUGACAAAGGUAGCUCGUGUCCCGAGUUACGGCCCCGUGAUGCAGAUUCUGCCGGUAGAGGGCCAGGACGACGCCAUUAUUCAGAGUCUGGCUGGCGUGGAACACAUCACAGUCUACAAGAAGGAGGAUCUUCCUGAACGUCUCCAUUACCGGAACAACAGAAGGAUCAUGCCAGUCGUCAUCAUAGCAGAGGAGGGUUGGCAGAUAACCACUGACAGAACUAAACAGGCAAGGGAUACUUCCAAAGCCACCCACGGCUUCGACAACACACUGAUGUCUAUGAAGCCUAUAUUCCUGGCUAAAGGACCAAACUUCAAGACCAACUUCACCUCGGCUCCUAUCCUGAAUGUCGACAUCUACCCUCUUGCAUGUAAACUGCUCAACAUUCACCCAGCGCCCAACAACGGAAGUCUGGACCGCGUCGACGUCUUCCUUCGGGACACUCCGAUCUACCCCAUUGCUUCUGGUACCAGUCCUCCAGUAUAG